CUCAUCAAGGAAAAUUCGGUUUUGAUGCUCAGCUUUACCACCUGUCCUUUCUGCGUCAAGGCCAAGCAGGUUCUUGAUGCAAAAAAUGCCAAAUACGUCGCAGUGGAACUCGACAUGGAUCCCGAAGGCAAGGCGAUUCGUGCGGAAAUGGGCGAGCUUCUCGGACGCACGUCGGUUCCGGCCGUUUGGAUCGACGGCAAGUUUGUCGGUGGUUGC